AGAAUCCUUUGCGGGGAAUGCCUUUUAUUUUGUAUCAAAUAUCAGACACUUGCAACAUCACACCGGAUUAUCAAUAAAUAAGUGAAACUCUCAACAAAAUCAUGGAACACAAAUCCCCACCGAAAGACAAAAACCCCGCACCGAUAUUUGCGGCCCAGAAUGAAGGGCAGAACCAUCGGGCAGCACCUGUCGCUGCACCGUCCUCUAUCGAGGGAAUCCAGAUAGUAUAUCCCGAGCCGAUCGACACUGGCUACGAGGCGGACAGUGAUACCGAUGGCAGUUCUGACGACAAAGACGAUGACGACGAUGGUGAAGAGGAACAGGAUGAGGAAGUCUAGUUGAGAGUGGCAGAACGGAAGGAUGUUGUGGCAGGAUCGCGUGAUGCUUUCGCGGCAAUUGUUUAUUAGAUCGUUUCAAAAUUUGCAUGUUCUAGAAUAAGUCGAUAAUCGUUUGUGCAUCCAAAUUGUGAUCGAAAGUGUAAUUGAAAUUUAAUCGAUUGUGUAAUCGAAUUGUAAUCGAUAUUGUAAUCGAAAUUUUGAUCGAUUUGUAAUCCAAAUUGUAAUCGAUUUUUAACCGAAAUUGUAAUCAAGAGUGUGAUCGAGACCGUUAAUCGAAAUUGUAGUCGAAAUUUAAAUCGAAAGUGUAACUGAAAUAUAAUCGAUAUUUUAAUAGAUA